AUGUUUGGAUCAAAAUCGCUUACCUACAAUGGAAGGCCUCAAAGAUUCCAUAUGCAGAAGCUAAAAUUAAGGAAUGUUCACAUCUUACAAAUCAACUCAACUCAACGCAUUUCUUCUUCGUCAUAUGUAGUCUCAGGAUAUGAAUGGCCUGCAAACACGAUAAUUGUUGCCACCAAAUAUUUUACAAUACCAGGUCCAAUUUCACUUCCUUGCUUGAAAGUUGUAUUACAAGCAAAUGGAGAUGAAGCAGAAUUAUAUGCAUUAAAUUUGAAAUCUGGAGAUGCCAAUUAA